AUGUCCAUAGACCCCGAAACCCGCCGUAAGCUCUUGCUGUUGCAAAAAACAGGUGGCAAUAAGAAAUGCUUUGACUGUGACGCGUUUAACCCCCAGUGGGCCUCUCCCAAGUUUGGUAUUUUCAUCUGUCUUGAAUGUGCUGGUAUUCACCGUGGAUUGGGUGUUCACAUUUCCUUUGUGAGAUCCAUCACCAUGGACCAGUUUAAACCCGAGGAGGUUUUGCGCAUGGAGAAAGGAGGUAAUGGCAAAUGUAAGGAAUAUUUUGUUGCUCAUGGUGUGGACAUUUCGUUGCCCGCCAAGCAGAAAUUCGAUAACUAUGUUGCUGAGGACUACAAGGAGUAUUUAGCAUGUGAGGUUGAGGGACGGGAGUAUGUGGCCAAAGAUCGUUCACAGCAGAGCUUGCCAAGUGCAACCAGUACUGCAGCAACCCCUACUCCUACCUCCAACUACAGAAACCAGACCAACCAGGCAGCUGGUGCAGACAGAGCUAGAAACGAAGAAUACUUUGCUCGUUUGGGCAGUGAAAACGAGCUGAGACCAGAUCAUCUUCCCCCAUCGCAAGGUGGCAAGUACGGUGGCUUUGGUAAUACGCCGGAGGCAACCAGUAGCCUGGGCCAAGGGUCGUUUAGUGGAUUCUCAUUCAACCUGUUGCAACUGGACCCUGUGGGCACGUUUUCGAAGGGAUGGGGCCUUUUCUCGUCUAGUGUGGCCAAGUCUGUCACGGAAGUGCAUGAGUCUGUGAUUAAACCCGGAUUCAACCAGUUGCAGGAGUCUGAUUUCAGUUCAGAAGCUAAGAGAGCCAUGGCGCAGUUCGGCCAGAAGAUGCAGCAAACAGGUAAGUAUGGUCAGGAGACAUUCAACUCGUUCACCAAGGACGUUCAGCAGAAUGGAAUCAAUGGAACCGUGGACAAAUACUUCCAGAACUUGACGCACAAGCAACCAGAACCUGCCUUUGGUGUGCAACGACCAGAGAAGAGAACCACCUUGGGACACACCAGCUCGUCCAGCAAGAACGGAAGUACGAGUAACUUGCUCAAGGACGAUGACGACGAGUGGGAUAAUUUCUAG